UAAUAUAUAAAUAUAAAUAUAUAUAUAUUUAUAUAUUUAUAUUUAUAUUUAUAUAUUAGGUUAUAUAUUUCAUUCCUCUCUCUCCGGGCUUUUGAGCUCCCCUUUCGGAUCUCUCUCCCUCCCCCUCCUCGCCAAACCACCGCCAGAGUGAGUGAGUGAUUCGGACCGUGAAAUCACUUCUCGGAAUCCCCCGAUCUGUUGUUGGCCGUUUCUUGCUCCGAGUCCGGAUCUCCAGUCCCGUGCUGCAACUCCUUGAAAUUAGAAACAGGGUUCUUGCUAUGUGCUCUGGGUCUUUUCACUUCUUCUGCCGGAUCGGCUGCUGAAUGUGCGUUUUGUUUUGUUUUGGCAUGAAGCUGUUCUGUUUGGUGGUUUAAUCUCCAGUUCCUUGCUGCAACUCCUUGAAAUUAGAAACAGGGUUCUUGCUUUGUGCUCUGGGUUCUUUCACUUCUUCUGCCGGAUCGGGUGCUGAAUGUAAGGGAUGGCGUAUAUUUUGCUCCAUGGAACGCUGCAUAUUACCAUUUUUGAGGCAGAUUCACUCUCCAGUGCUUCCGGCGGUGGUCCUAAAUUUAUCCGCCAGCUUGUUGAAGGAAUUGGAGACACCAUUGGUCUUGGCAAGGGGUCUUCCCAACUCUAUGCAACUAUUGAUGUGGAGAAGGCUCGGGUUGGGCGAACCAGAUUGAUAACCAAUGAACCUGUCAAACCUCGUUGGUACGAGUCUUUUCACAUCUACUGUGCCCACCUGGCUGCCAGUGUCAUCUUCACUGUCAAGGAUGACAAACCUAUUGGGGCAUCACUGGUCGGAAGGGCUUAUUUGCCUGUGACAGAGAUCCUAGAUGGUGAGGAAAUAGAUAGAUGGCUUGAAAUCUGUGAUGAAGACAGCAAACCUCUUGAUGGAGGAGCCAAGAUCCAUGUGAAAGUUCAGUAUUUUGAUAUUUCAAAAGAUCGCAAUUGGGCAAGGGGUAUCCGGAGUGCAAAGUACCCUGGUGUUCCUUAUACCUUUUUCUCUCAAAGACGGGGCUGCAAAGUAACACUUUACCAAGAUGCACAUGUCCCUGACAACUUCAUUCCCAAAAUUCCUCUUGCUGAUGGGAAAUACUAUGGUCCGCACAGAUGCUGGGAGGACAUAUUUGAUGCAAUCAGCAAUGCCCAACAUCUGAUUUACAUCACUGGGUGGUCAGUAUACACUGAAAUCACCUUGUUGAGGGACUCUAAGAGGCAAAAGCCAGGCGGGGAUGUUACCCUUGGAGAGCUACUUAAGAGGAAGGCUAGCGAAGGUGUUCGAGUCCUUAUGCUUGUUUGGGAUGAUAGGACCUCGGUAGGAUUGCUAAAGAAAGAUGGUCUGAUGGCCACCCAUGAUGAGGAUACUGCUAGCUACUUUCAGGACACAGAUGUGCACUGUGUUUUGUGUCCCCGGAAUCCUGAUGAUGGAGGGAGCUUUGUUCAGGACCUACAGAUUUCUACCAUGUUCACUCAUCAUCAGAAGAUUGUUGUUGUAGACCAUGAGAUGCCUAAUAAGGGUUCCCAACAGCGCAGAAUUGUGAGCUUUAUUGGGGGCAUUGACCUUUGUGAUGGAAGAUAUGAUACGCAGUUUCAUUCUCUUUUUAGGACCUUGGAUACAGCUCAUCAUGAUGAUUUCCAUCAGCCAAAUUUUGCAGAUGCAUCACUUAAGAAAGGUGGACCCAGGGAACCUUGGCAUGACAUUCAUGCACGGCUAGAAGGACUGAUUGCUUGGGAUGUGCUGUACAAUUUUGAGCAGAGAUGGAGAAAGCAAGGGGGUAAGGAUGUUCUUGUACAGCUCAGGGAUCUGGCAGACAUCAUCAUUCCACCUUCUCCUGUCAUGCUCCCAGAGGAUAGAGAGACAUGGAAUGUUCAGCUAUUCAGAUCCAUUGAUGGUGGUGCCGCAUUUGGUUUUCCUGAUAGUCCAGAGGAUGCUGCUAGAGCUGGGCUUGUUAGUGGAAAGGAUAACAUCAUUGACAGAAGCAUUCAAGAUGCUUACAUAAAUGCCAUCCGCAGGGCAAAGAAUUUCAUCUAUAUUGAAAACCAGUACUUUCUUGGAAGCUCUUUUGGGUGGAAGGCAGAUGACAUCAAGCCUGAGGAUAUUGGGGCAUUACACCUGAUCCCUAAGGAGCUAUCAUUGAAGAUAGUAAGCAAGAUUGAAGCUGGGGAGCGGUUUACUGUUUAUAUUGUUGUGCCAAUGUGGCCAGAGGGUGUUCCAGAAAGCGGAUCAGUUCAGGCAAUCCUGGAUUGGCAACGGAGAACAAUGGAAAUGAUGUAUACUGACAUCAUAGAAGCCCUCAAGGCAAAAGGGAUUGAAGCAAACCCUAAGGACUAUCUCACAUUCUUUUGCUUAGGGAAUCGGGAGGUAAAGAAGAGUGGAGAAUAUGAACCUGAGGAGCAACCUGAACCAGACACUGAUUAUAGCAGGGCUCAGCAGGCCAGGCGGUUCAUGAUCUACGUUCAUAGCAAGAUGAUGAUUGUUGAUGAUGAGUACAUCAUCAUUGGGUCAGCCAACAUCAAUCAGAGAUCCAUGGAUGGAGCCCGGGACUCUGAGAUUGCCAUGGGUGCGUACCAGCCUUGCUAUCUGUCUACCAGGGAACCACCGAGGGGACAGAUCCAUGGUUUCCGGUUGGCUCUAUGGUACGAGCACCUUGGGAUGGUCGAUGACGUCUUCCUCCGUCCGGAGAGUGUGGAGUGCGUGCGGAAGGUGAAUAAGGUUGCUGAUCAGUACUGGGGUCUGUACUCGGGCGAUAGUCCUGACCGUGACCUCCCGGGACAUCUGCUCAGCUACCCAAUUGGAGUCAGCAGUGCUGGUGCGAUCACAGAGUUGCCAGGGACGGAGUAUUUCCCCGACACUCGGGCGCGGGUCCUUGGCACCAAGACGGACUACCUACCUCCCAUCCUCACCACAUAAAGUGGCGAUCCUCUUGAUUGCCUUUCUUUACUUCGUUGUUUGAAUAACAGCAGUUACGGGUUCGGGGGAUCAUAUGAUGUACUUGACUUUGGUGCCUCUGUUUCAUGGUGUGAUGGUGGUGUCUGGUUUCUAGUUGAUGCUAUGUGAGAUUAUGUACGCCGUGUCGCUAAGGUCAUGUCGGUGCUUGUUGCUGCCAUUUUCUGGUGGAAGCUUGUUAGUAUUUAUUGCUGGCUUGCA